UCCCGGUCUUUUCACGUCAAAGUUAAUGGCGGCAGUAGGUAUUUGUUAUUGAAAGCAAAUAUCUUUAAAAAUAAGCUUCAUCUUUUCAUUUAAUUACACAAAAGUGGUUUAAUUUUAUUAUAAUUCGACAUGGCUGAUAAGGCUGACGAACAAGUUAAGAAGAAGAGGACCUUCAAAAAAUUCACCUACCGGGGCGUGGACUUGGAUCAGCUUCUCGAUUUGCCAAAUGAGCAACUUAUGGAAUUGAUGCAUUGCCGUGCUCGGAGGCGUUUCAGCCGCGGUCUUAAACGCAAACCAAUGGCUUUGGUGAAAAAACUCCGCAAGGCUAAAAAAGAAGCCCCUCCACUAGAAAAACCAGAAAUCGUAAAGACACAUUUGCGUAACAUGAUCAUCGUCCCGGAAAUGGUAGGCUCAAUUGUUGGCGUUUACAACGGAAAAGCUUUCACUCAGGUUGAAAUUAAACCUGAAAUGAUUGGACACUACCUUGGCGAAUUCUCCCUCACUUACAAACCCGUGAAGCAUGGGAGGCCCGGUAUUGGUGCUACUCACAGCUCUAGGUUCAUUCCUCUCAAGUAAAAACAUUUUGUUACAUAAGUUAAAUUCAAUAAACUGAUUUGAGGAACA